ACCUCAAAAUAUAACCAAAAGUGAACAAUCUACAUAGUCAACAAGUUCUACAAUUCCUGUAUUUCCAAAUAGCAAUAAAUAUAAUGGUUUUGAUCUUAUCAAUUCAGAAUUUAAAUAAAAACAUACCAAUCCAUCAAUAACGCAACCAAUUCAAAUUCAUAAGUUUAUAGUUUAUAUGCAAUGGAAAAUUCUCAGAGAGAAGGAUUCAAACCGUAUAGGUUUAGCCCCGAAGAAUUGAAAGUAAUUCAAGAAUGUGGCAGAGAAAGUUUUUUCCAGAGAUGCCUUCCACUAAGUACUGUUUUGGGGGUAGCAACCUACUAUGGUGUUAAAACAGGCUAUCUAAAACCAAGUCCCAGAUUUGGAGCAACCCCAAAAAUUAUUAUAGCAGGUUUAGUGGGAUAUUUUCUUGGCAAAAUUUCAUAUCAAGCAAAAUGUGUUGAACGAUUAAUGCAGUUGCCGAAUAGCCCAAUUGCAGAAAUGUUGAAAAAAAGGAAGAGGGGAAAUGUCCAGGAAAGUGGAGAUACUGGUCUUGGACCUGCCUUGAGCUUAACUCCUUUCGGAAAUAUAUCUAAUUCAGAUGUAUACACAGAUUCAAGUCCAUUCAGGUCUUAUGAUUUGGAUACUAGCACACCUCAAUUAAAUGGUUUAGAUGAUUCAUUCAGACCAUCUAUGGACAAUCCUGGUUACGAAGAAGUGGAAAUGCCACCAUUGCAAAAACAGGUAACGACUUAUGAAGAGUUGAGGAAGCAGAAUAGGGAAGAAUAUGUGCAGAAACGAACUGGAAACUAUAAGGAGCCACCAAAAGCUGGUUCCCCGUAUCAGCCCGCAAUGAGACCAUCACCUGCUGCUCCUUCAGGAAAGAACAAAUAUGGUGACGAUAUGGAAUGAUGUUGUCUCUGUGAUGGAUGAAGUAGUCAUAAUAAAAUUCAAUGCUUAUAAUUGUUUUUUUGUUAAAUAUAUGAAAGAAAUUUUGCGAA